AUGUGGUGCCCUGCAUGUCUGGGAAUGGUUGGAUGUGUUUUUCCGAGUGUGUCUAAGUGUUGGUGUAUGGGUGUGUUUGCGGGGGUGCACCUGUGCGUGCAUGCGUGUGCGUGCUUGCACGCGCACACGUGGUGGGAAAGGAAGCUACCCGUGGGUUCGGGGAUGCAGGGCGUUUCCCCACCCCUUCAGACAUUCUUCUCCUCACAGAACCCAUCCUGGAGCAGCCUUGGGGGACCUGAGCGUCAAGAGAUGAGCUGUCUAGAACAAGGAGAGAACACUUCAUGGCCAUCGCCGGCCAUGACCGCAGGCUCAGAAAGAAGCCAUGAGAAACAGGGGGCCAAGGCCUCGAGGUGGACAAGGCAGGAGGCUGUGGCGGAAGGGCAGCUGCCGGGUCUGGGGGAAGAUCCCCAGGCCAAGCCACCUGCUGAGUACGCCGGGCUGGAGGCCACGUUCCCCAAGGCCACACACUUGUCCCAGGCUGCUCCUUUGGCCAAAGUGGGCGCCCCACCAACAGAGUGGGACAUCUUCCCCCCUAACCACGAAGCCUCGGCCGCUGGCUCCAGCACAGACGAGCUGGAGCUGGACAUAGGGUUCCCAGCCACAGCAUCGUGGGGGUAUGAGCUCGGCCUGGUGGAAGAGAGGCCUGCCCUGUGCCCAUCCCCACGGGCCCUGUUACCCAGGCUGGGCUGGGACGACGAACUGCAGAAGCCGGGGGCCCUGGUCUACAUGCACUUCAUGCAGGAGCACACCUGCUACGACGCCAUGGCAACCAGUUCCAAGCUGGUCAUCUUCGACACCACGCUGGAGAUCAAGAAGGCCUUCUUUGCCCUAGUGGCCAACGGCAUCCGGGCGGCACCGCUGUGGGACAGCAAGAAGCAGAGCUUCGUGGGGAUGCUGACCAUCACAGACUUCAUCCUGGUGCUGCAUCGCUAUUACAGGUCCCCGCUGGUCCAGAUCUAUGAGAUUGAAGAACAUAAGAUUGAGACCUGGAGAGAGAUCUACCUUCAAGGCUGCUUCAAGCCUCUGGUCUCCAUUUCUCCCAGCAGCAGCCUGUUUGAAGCCGUCUACACCCUCAUCAAGAACCGGAUCCACCGUCUGCCGGUCCUGGACCCGGUCUCAGGCGCCGUGCUCCACAUCCUCACACACAAGCGACUGCUCAAGUUCCUGCACAUCUUUGGCUCCCUGCUGCCCCAGCCCUCCUUCCUCUCCCGCACCAUCCAAGAUCUGGGCAUUGGCACAUUCCGAGACUUGGCCGUGGUGCUGGACACGGCGCCCAUCCUGACGGCCCUGGACAUCUUUGUGGACCGGCGCGUGUCUGCGCUGCCUGUGGUCAACGAAGCUGGACAAGUCGUGGGCCUCUACUCCCGCUUCGAUGUGAUUCACCUGGCUGCCCAGCAAACCUACAACCACCUGGACAUGAGUGUGGGCGAAGCCCUGAAGCAGAGGACACUGUGUCUGGAAGGAGUCCUUUCCUGCCAGCCCCAUGAGAGCUUGGGGGAAGUCAUCGACCGGAUUGCCCGGGAGCAGGUACACCGGCUGGUGCUGGUGGACGAGACCCAGCAUCUCCUGGGCGUGGUGUCCCUCUCCGACAUCCUUCAGGCACUGGUGCUCAGCCCUGCUGGCAUCGAUGCCCUCGGUGCCUGAGAAUAUC